CCCGCGUCUCUUGUUGAUGCCUGAAGUUGCUGUUGUUCGCACCGCCGCGUUGCUCUCAGCCGCCGCCGACACAGAGGACGCGUUCCAGCCGUGACACGGGGCGGACACGGUGGGCAUUUACCGGCGGAUGAGUGACCGGAGGGGGACGCGUCUCGGCCCCGCUGGAGAGUUUGCGCCGUCGCGGCGGAGGAGCAGCUAGCUGCGGAGACACAGCCGACGGCUCGGCGUGCUUUCUUUGUUUAUGUGUCCACACUGUCCCAACCGAGACGUUAAUCCGCGUCCCCUUCGGUUUUAGAUCGUUAGUUUGUUUUUUUCUUCUUUUCAGCCCACGCUGUGACUCACGCUGCUCGCCAGUCCGCGGCCACGGGGCAGCUAGCUCGCGCGCUAACGUUAGCGCGGAGAACUGUUGUUGUGAAGAUUUGGUGCUUUCAUAACCGCCCGGCGUCCCCGAGAAGCCUCGGCAACGGAGGGAGACGGAGGUGUGCGGAGCGAGCGCUCGUCUCCGGUUAGCUCCGAGCCUGUGGUCGCUGUCGGCAUGUUCUCCCGGUGAGCCGAAGCCUCCGAGGCGGUUCUGAUCCGGCUGGACGCUGCCGUCUGCUCCUAGCUCCCAGAAUCAGCUGAGUUUUGGGUUGUUUUUCGUCCAUCGGGACAUUUGACGGACAGCUGGCCUUGUUGCGUAAUUUGUUUGUGGCCGAGCUGUCACAUGUUGUGUUUGCUUUGUUGUGAUCGGGGCGAGUGUCACCAGAACGCAGCCGUAGCCCGAGGACAGAGUUUUUAAUCUGCACCGGUUUAUCUGUCCCGGGGACGUGUGGCAUGAGAUAGAGGCAGGACACCUGUCUCUCUGUUUCAUGCUCGGACUGGUGCGUUUGAGGACUCUGGGAGGACCGUCGGAGCGAGUUAUGAACUGAAACAGCCAGCUGCAGCUGCUGUGUGAGACAGUGCGGUGAUCAGAGACUCCCAGGGUCCCACAGGGCCCCAUCCUGUCUUCAGGUGAGCUCGGCUGUCCCCCCCCACUACUUGCCAAUGCUGGAUCUUGAGGUGGUGCCUGAGAGAUCACUAGGAAAUGAGCAAUGGGAAUUCGCCUUAGGGAUGCCCUUCUCCCAGGCCAUCUCUAUCCUUCAGAAACACUGCCGCAUCAUCAAAAAUGUCCAGGUGCUAUACAGCGAACAGACACCACUCAGCCAUGACCUCAUACUAAACCUGACUCAGGAUGGGAUUAAACUGCUGUUUGAUGCCACAAAUCAGAGACUCAAGGUGAUUGAAGUGUACGACCUGAGCAAAGUCAAGUUGAAAUACUGUGGAGUCCAUUUCAACUCUCAGGCUAUUGCUCCCACAAUCGAGCAGAUCGACCAGUCGUUCGGAGCGACGCACCCCGGAGUUUACAAUGCUGCAGAACAGCUGUUCCAUCUCAACUUCCGAGGACUGUCCUUCUCCUUUCAGCUGGACUCCUGGAACGAAGCUCCGAAAUACGAGCCUAACUUUGCCCUGGGUCUGGCCUCCCUGCAGAUUCCUCACGGCGCCAUGGUGAAGAGGAUGCACAUCUACACCGGGAACAACCUGCAGGAGACCAGAGCGCCGGCGAUGCCGUUGGCUUGUUUCCUCGGAAACAUCUAUGCAGAGUGUGUCGACGUCCUGAGAGACAAGGCCGGACCUCUGGGGCUCAAGCUCCGCCUCCUCACCGCAGGCGGCGGUCUCGGGGUGAUGGCCGACGCUAAGGUCAAGUCCCUGGAGAGGACCAUCUUCUUCGGGGACUCGUGUCAGGACGUCCUCGGCGCUCUGGGUUCGCCUCACAAAGUCUUCUACAAGUCGGAGGACAAGAUGAAGAUCCACUCGCCGUCGCCUCACAAGCAGGUCCCCUCCAAGUGUAACGACUACUUCUUCAACUACUUCACGCUGGGAGUGGACAUUCUCUUCGACUCGACGACUCACCUGGUGAAGAAAUUCGUCCUGCAUACGAACUACCCCGGACAUUACAACUUCAACAUAUAUCACCGCUGCGACUUCAAAAUCCCUCUGGUCAUCAAACGAGACGGAGCCGACUCUCAGACCGAGGACUGCAUCCUCACCACGUACAGCAAGUGGGAUCAGAUUCAGGAGCUGCUGGGUCACCCCAUGGAGAAGCCCGUGGUGCUCCACCGGUCUUCAUCGGCCAACAACACCAACCCGUUCGGCUCCACCUUCUGCUUCGGCCUGCAGAGGAUGAUCUUCGAGGUGAUGCAGAACAACCACAUUGCGUCGGUGACCCUGUACGGCGCCCCGCGGACCGCCGGCCCGGCCCGACCCGAGUCCAGCGGCAGCUCCCACUGAGCAAGUACCCCGGACCCGCGGCCCCGUCCCGGCCCGGCCCGCCCCCGAUCGCAUUGCUACCGACUGAAUCUCCAAACCGGACCGGUACCCGAGCAGACCGAACCGUCGCGCUUCAGGCUUCCUCCUCCCAUCAGCCCGCUCAGUCGUCCCGGCUGGCUCCGUUUCCCGGUUCAUGGUCACCGCCGACCUCCGACUCCUGGUCUCCGUGAGACGGCGUCCCGCUCAGCCCGUCCCGCUCCCAUGAAGCCAAACCUCACUGCCAGCCCCCCCAAAACGGUCCCGCCCGUCUUCCCGCCGCGGCCGCAGAACCGCGACCUGCCGGAACCCGAGGAUGAAGAUCAUCAAGAACCCGAUUGAACCGGUCCAGAGGAGACGGGAGGAAAAUAACGAGACAGACGCCCGGGACUCCAGAUUUACCCCAACCCAAGAGGAGGAAGUGUUGCUCAGGGUCAGAGCUGACCCCGACCCUGACCCCGACCCCGACCCUGACCAGGCCAGUCCAGCCAGAUGUGAAGCCUCUUCAGACGCCCCUCCCCCCCCACUCACUGUCUUUAUUGUCUUCACACACCCUGUAGAGGACUGCUGUCCUCCAGUCCCCCGACCCCCUUCGCUCGUCUGCAUGUUGAAGGCUGCUGAGUUUAAUAGACUUUAAUUCUCUCUCUCUCUCUCACACACACGCACACACACUCUCACAGUUUCUUCUGCGCGCUUGCAUUGCUUCACAGCAGCUGGCUGAUCUCCUCUCGCCUCGACGUGAGGAACAAACAGGACAGCGGCCGUUUGCAUGAGCUUGACCUGGAGGAGAGGAAGACGUCCUUCAAGCACAAAGCCUUCCGCUGCGUUUCAGACCCCGCCCUGCACGUUCCGAGGGGCGGAGCCUCCAGACUCUGCUUUCCCUCUCCUGGUCUCUUCUCAUCACAACCGUUUCCUUCUCGACUUACUUUAAAUCUUUUUUCUUUUUUUUUUACAUUUGCACUAAUACACAACCUUCACUUGAUUGUUGAACCGUGCCCGAGAAGGUGUGUGUGUGUGUGUGUGAGUGAGUGUGUGUUCUCCCCUGCGUUCCGUCAUCGGUCUCAUUGCCAAAAGCUGUAGCCAAAGACGUUUUUCGGGAUGUUUUCGUUGGAUCUGCCGACGCCGUCGAUGUUAGCCCCGCCCCCUUCUAAACUCGUCCCGCCUCUUUUCUGCCCGUCGUGUUAAAAUCGCUGACAGACGAACGGGACGGCGCCCCCUGCUGUCGGCGAGCUGUCAUUUAGCUUCUGUGUGGACUUGGUCCUGAAUCAUUCCGUCAUCGUGACGCCUGACUGCGGUUCGUUCCCCCAUGAGUGAAUUCACGUUCUUCGAUAAUCUAACUGUGUUUAGCCUGCGUUCUCAUCGUCUCGCCUGUUUUUCGGCUUUCCUUCGGUCGCUCUGGGAGAACGUCUGAUUGUUUGUGUGUGAAAUCUUCAGAGUGGAAGUCGGCGCCGCGUCCGACGCCUGACGGAUAAAACCAGGCUCUCAUUCACUUUGUUCAUCUUUGUUGCUUCAUUUGAUUUGUUCUCCAAGUCCAACUUCUUCUCAUGUCUUUUUUUUUUAGUCACUAAUCAUCCAAACUGACCUUUUUUUUAAUAUAUAUUUUAAGCAGAAUUGCAUCAAAACACAGGCUUUGGCUUUGUGACCGGCCGAGUCUGAGGAGGAAACCUCCUAAACUGCACAUCAAGCCGCAUCUUCACCAAGUAGUUUCCAGUCCUCGCGACGAAACGCAGAUUUUUCCUUUCAACGUUUCAGUAUUUCUCUUUCAGAUUUUUGCUCGUUCUGCAGAAUAUUUUUGUAAUUUCGACGCGUUGGGCCCCGAUGCGUGCGGAGUCGAUGUACAGAUGCUGUAAAUAGUCGUGCGCGCCCGUCCCGCCCCCCACGGUGUUCCUGUCGCUCAGGCUCUGGCGGACUGGCGCCGGGUUCUGAUUCCGGUUGGAUCGGACGUCGGACGGAGGGUUUCUUUUUCCGGCGGACUCGCAUCGGGGUGGAGAGCCGUGGGGUUGAUUUCCAGACCACUCAGUAUUGAAACGUUCCGGUGUGUGCAAUGCUCCCGGCGGGCGGCGUCCUCGCUCAUGUGUUCACGUCGAGAUGCACAGAAGCAGCAGCUGUGCGCGCUAAGCAUUUACUGGAGGACGGGGAAGGCGAGAUGCAUUCUGGGUAUUGGAUUGGAGCAGGAGCCCGGGCCGGGCCGAGGCGUGGACCGGGACGCCUGGAGGAUCUGGGCUCGGAGCUCUUUAGCUGGUUUACAUUGAUUCCCCCCUCCGGACUCCGGACUCCUGCGCCGCUCCGUCCCGGGAUGUGUGCGACUGUCAUGAACGCUACAUCCAAACCUUUUAUUACCACUUGCUUUAUAUCAAAGCAGAUAUGAAAAUUAAAAAAAAAAAAAAAAAACAACUGAAAACUGUUGAACAUUGUGCCUCAUCUCCCACCGAGCCUGUCUUCGACUUCUGUCUCGAUCUCCUCUGUAAGAAACAAAAAAAAGGAAAUCUCCGUGUACAGACAACGUGAGAAUGCAUUUUGAACUGCAUCGUUGUUAAAGUGCGUGUGCGUGUGUGUGUGUGUGUGUGUGUGUGUGUCACUGAGCACUAGCAAACCAGCUGACAUGGCAUCAUGGCCGCCUUCCGUCGUGUUGUCGAGGUUUUCUUUCCAUCCGCAGAGCGGCGAGCUGAGUUGGGUUUUCCAAAACACACCAGGACAAUUGUGCGUUGCGGUUUUCUUCUUCUCCGUGUGUGUGUGAGCGCGCGCAUGUGUUUAUAACUGCCGUAAACACCCAGAACCUUGUAACAUACUUAUUGUGAAACACUCAAAUUGUAGCAGUGCAGUUUUUCUUUUGCCAAAAAACAAAAAAAAAAAAACCAAAAGAGCGCGAGGAGACGUGAGGCUGCGGGGCUGAAUGUGCUGAAGUGGCUUAUUGACCAAGUUCUCCGCUCGAUCGGAACCAGAUGGGAUGAAUGUGACGGAGCCAAGCGGGCCGUAAAUCGAGCGACGCGCUCAUAAGCGUCCGGUGCAGAGCGGUUCUGGUAAACCCAACCCGGCGCGGCGCCGUGCGGGCGGCGUGGCCGAGGCCGAGGCCGCGAGGCUGGGUGCUCCAGCGCGCCCGCUACUCAGGAGGACAUAUCACUUCCUUGUUCUUUUCUGCGAUUUUUACAGUGGAGAGACAAGAGGAAACUUUAAACCCGGAGGUCUGUGUGCGGCUCGGCUCCUUUAGUUUUGUUCUAUUUCUUUGCCGUCGUUUCAUCAAAUGGAAGAUCGAGCGGAUUGUUGUAAUUUAUGAGAAGCGGCUUGGUUUUUAGUGUAAAGAUAAUCUCUUAUUAAUGCUUUGUUAUUGUCUGUUCUGUUUCGUUGCCCAUCUCCCAUAUUCCGCUCAGAUUGUUUUGAUUUUUUUUUUUCUCUCUCAAGUCGUUUUAAGCCCAUUUCUGGAAGUGGUGCGAUUAUUGCUUAAUUAAAACUUGUGAAAUUCAUUGGAAUGUGGCGUUUUUAUAUUUUGAAUACUAUACCUGUGUGUAUGAAGACAUAUGUAGAUUAAUUCAGCAUGUCCACUGAAGAAAAAAAAAAGGCAAUAACAAUCCCGUGUAACAGAGAGAGGAUGAGGAUGA